UGGUCGUUGUUUUUUUUUUUUUUUUAAUCGAUCGCCCGAGGCUGCCAUAAAAAAAAACAUCAACGAUGACGGUAUCGUAUACCGCGGAGGUAGCCACCUGUCGAGGUUUCGGCUGCUUCCUCAAAUUACUCAUCAGGUGGAAAGCCAGCGUUUACAAGCUCAUCUGGACGGACAUGCUGCUGUUCCUUCUAAUCUAUUACGCUCUGUCGGGCCUGUAUCGCUUCGGCCUCGACGAGGAUCAGAAGCGCGUCUUCGAGAAGGUGGUGGAGUUCUGCCGCAAGCACGCGAGCUCCAGUCCCCUCUCGUUCGUGCUCGGCUUCUACGUCACGAUAGUGAUGAACCGCUGGUGGAAUCAGUACAUCACCAUACCCUGGCCGGACUCGAUCGCGGUAUUCGUCUCGGCCACGAUUCACGGUAACGACGAGCGCGGCCGCCUCAUGCGGCGCACCAUCGUGCGCUACGUCUGCGUCUGUCUCACCCUCGUGCUGGGCAACAUCUCGCCGCGGGUCAAGAAGCGCUUCCCCACGCUGGAGCACUACGUCGAGGUGGGCCUGCUCCAGGAGAACGAGCUCGACAUCAUUCAGGGACUCAACGUGAAGUUCCCGAAGCCGAGCAAGCACUGGCUGCCCAUCGUCUGGGCGUCGAGCAUCGUGACGAGAGCGCGCCGCGAGGGCCGCAUACGGGACGAUUUCGCCGUCAAGACGCUCAUCGACGAGCUCAACAAGUUCCGGGGGGCCUGCGGCAGCCUCGUGCAUUACGACACGAUCAGCAUACCGCUCGUCUACACGCAGGUCGUCACCAUCGCCGUCUACACGUACUUCCUCACCAACGUCAUCGGCCAGCAGUGGAUCCUCGAGGAGCCCAAGAACGUCGACAUCUACUUCCCGAUCUUCACCACGCUCGAGAUGUUCUUCUACAUGGGCUGGCUCAAGGUGGCCGAGACCCUCAUCAAUCCGUUCGGCGAGGACGACGACGACUUCGAGGUCAACUGGAUCGUCGAUCGCAAUCUCCAGGUGAGUUACCUGAUCGUCGACGAGAUGCACCACGAGCAUCCGGAGCUCAUCAGGGACCAGUACUGGGACGAGAUAUUCCCCAGUCAGCUACCGUAUACGGCCGCGGCGGAGCCGUUCCGCGAGGAGCACCCACAGCCCUCGACAGCGGGCAUACAGCUGUCCGCUGCCCAGCAGGAGCUGCAGCCGUCGCAGGUGCGCAUCGACGACUUGGACAAGGAGUACUCGCAGAAGUACGCGGACGGCAUGAACGACGACGCCUGCUCGGGUAUACACUUCGUGGCCAGCGCGAAUAAAUUAUCACGAAGCGGAAGUCGAGUCAGUAAUCGAGAUAGAACAAUUAGCAUCGGGUCCACUCCUAGUAACAUUGGAGGAUCCCUCACUAGGAUAAAUAGCGUAACCAAUAUGCUUAAGCGAAUAUUCAAUAAGGAUGAUAACCCGAAAGCGGGAAAACUACAAGGUUCCAGUUCCUCGGCCUCGUUGAGGGGGCCUCCAGCAGACAAAGCAGCAGAUCCUAUGAAGAUUGACGUCAUCGAGGAGGUCGACGAGCAGCAAAAUACCGUAACGUCGAUGCGCCCCGAUCAUUAUCCGCACAUGCAGAGCAUCUUCGCCCACGGGCCGCCCCCGCCGAGCGCCCCGGUCAAUGUUCCUGGCUCGCACACGUCCAACUCGCGCCAGAAUCACCACGACAUACUGUCGGCAAGCGCGCCACUGGCGGGCGUGCUGGGCCGGUCCUGCGACAGCAACGACGCUGGCCCCAGCGGUGCCCAAGAAGGCAGCCCAACGAGAUACCGUGUCAGGGCUUCGAGGAAACUGUCGGUGCCUCUAGGCCAGGAUUACGUGUACAGGCCAUUGAACAAUCGCGACACAGACCAACCGAGUACUCGUAGCUCUAGCCCGAGCCCGUCGACGACCGUCGAGGAGAACGGUUCAGACGACGAGUUCACCAAACUCAAACUCGAGCGCGAGAACAGCCGGGCCAAGAGGGCCGUGGAGAAGCUCACGAGCACCAUCAGCAUCAGCAAUCGCCUGGCCGGCGAGGCUGCCGCCACGUCGCUCGGCGCCCUCGACACUGACAUACUAUUGAGCGAAUUAGCGACCAUGUCCAAACGCGCUUCCACCACCACCGCCCCGACGAUCACGGAGUUGAAUGACAAAGGACAAAGCUGAGACACUGUCCAAUUACGUUUAUAAAUAUAGAUAUAUAUAUAUAGUUUUUGUAUCGUUAUUAUGUUUGUUCAUCUUUUUUUUUUAAGAAUUAGCUCUUGUAAGCAGAAGAGAAAAAAUAGGAGAAAUGAUGAUGGUUCGUUAGUUAUAUUAAUUAAUCGCUCGCACGCACGCGCUCUGUUGUUGCUUCGAGAAUUUAUUUUUAUAUAUUAUAUAUAAAU